AUGAGUGUUUGGCGUGUGUACACUGCCACUUGCGAGACUUCUGAAGAACAAUCCGUUAGCUACAGCAAAUUCAUCGAUCUUUGGCAGCAGUUUUGUCCAAAAGUUGUUGUGGCAAAACCAUUGACCGAUCUGUGCUUUACGUGUCAGCAGAAUACAACCAAACUUGUACAGGCCGCAAACCUUCCUGAGCACGAAAAGGCUGACCAGUAAAAGUCCAUAAAGAACAUUUGGACUGCGCCCAGAGUGAGAGAGACUUUUACAGACAAACUUGUUUAGAUUCAGCAGCGACUUUCAAGCAAAUAGAAGAGGAAAUGAAUUUGAACAAAGAACAUGAACCGUGUUCAUUUAAUGGCACCAUGCAUUACUCUUUUGAUUACUCGUAACUAGUCCACUUUGCAAGCAACCCCAUGCAACCCAGGCCGAUCUAUUUUAAGACCCCUCACAAAUGUGGAAUUUUCGGAGUCAUGUGCGAGGGUGUACCCCGUCAAGUAAACUAUUUAAUUUACGAAGCUGCAACUGUUGGUAGGGGGGCCAAUGCUACAAUAAGUUACGUUCAUCACUUCUUUUCACGUCAUGGUCUGGGGGAAACUGACGUUCAUUUACAUGCUGAUAAUUGUGUGGGACAAAAAAAACAAAAACAAAAACAAUUACUUUUUAUGGUAUUUAGCAUGGCAGACUGCAACUGAACUUCAUCAUAAUAUAAACUACUCCUUUCUCAUUGCUGGACAUGCUAAAUUUGGCCCAGAUCAUUGUUUCGGAUUCUUAAGAAGUUGUUCAAAGUCAGUUUUAUUUCUUCACUUUAUGAACUUGCCAGAAUGGUGGACACGUCAAGUAACGCAGGAGUCAACAAAGCUCAACUGGUAG